AUGCUGGCCGACGAGAUGGAGAGCGCGGUGAAGGAGAUGGCGCAGGAGCGGCGGGUGACGCAGUCGUUGGAGCAAGUCUUUGCCCGCAAGGUGCGGACAGAUGACGAGCUGCAAGCCAUCUACGACCUGGCCAAGCCGCUGCAGGGCUUUGACAAGUACGCCGAGUACACCAAGCGUGAGCUGUGCAAGGUCAUGCACUACGAGCGGUACGACGGCGUGGCCAAGCGAGUGGUCUUCUACGAGGGCGACCCGCCCGACGGCUGGUAUUUAGUGCUCUCGGGCAAGCUCGAUGGCAAGAAGCUGCCGCCGGAUUCGGACAUUGACGAGCUCAAGGCCAUGUCGGCCGACAUCGAGUCGCUCUCCACCGCCGUCUUUACUCUUGGUCGCGGCAAGGCCUUUGGCGAGGGCGCCCUGCAGCGGUCGUCGGGCUCGGCCACGCCGGGCCUCCGUGCCGCCACCAUUGUGGCCAACGAGCCGGUCGAGCUGCUCAAGGUCGGCCUGGAGGACUACAUCAAGCUGCUGCAGAUCGAGGAGGACAAGAACAUCGAGGCCACGGUGGCGUUUCUCAAGCGCAUGCCGCUGUUUGCAGACCCCGAGUGGACGCACGGCAAGCUGCGCAACGUGGCCCAGACCUUCACCGUGGCGCAGUACAUGCCGAACAAGCUCAUCUACCAGCAGAGUGUGACCCACGGCGACGCGUUCUACAUUGUCAAGUCGGGCACCUGCCGUAUCGUCAAGGAGCUGGACAUCCCGUACACCGACGCAGGUGGGCGGACCCGGAUCAAAAAGGUCUUCCUCCACAUCAACACGCUCGAGGAGGGCGCGCACUUUGGCGAGUAUGCCAUCAUCGAGGGCUGCCGCCGCUCGUCCUCGGUAUGCUCCGUCUCCAACGUCCUGCUCUACGUCAUGCCCUCGGCCGAGUUCAAAAAGUACAUUGUCGACAAGACUCGCCAGAAGCUUCUCGAUCGCAUCAAGACCUAUCCGUCCGAAGCUGACAUCAUCAAGUCAUACAAGCAGCAGCAAGAGUGGAACCGCUACAAGCGCAAGCUCGUCACUUCCACUCUCUCGUACGGCGCCCGCGCCACAACCUCGUUUGCCUCCACAUUUCGCUCGACAACCUCGGCUCCAUCGUCAGUUCUCACUCAGUCGCUCGCCGACGCCAAGCGCUCGUCGUACGGCGCGCCGCUGCCGGCAACAGCAUCGCUCUCGCGACAACGGCCGCGGCGAGCGCUCGACAGCGACCGGUCCAGUCGGCCCGGCCGCCGCCGCCGGGUAGGCGCGGGUACCGCAUCCGUGGCCGCGGGAAGCGCAGGUGCCAGCGACGACGACCCGCCAGCAACUGACCGCCCAGCAACCGGGCGCACUCGCUCGCGCUGGCUGCCCGGCGCCCGGUCGAUCGACGCCAAGCUCCUCCGCGAGCAGGGCGUCCGCGGCGGCGGCUCGCUGAGAGCCGGCACCGUCAAGCCGUCGCUCGUGCCGGCCGGCCGGUCAUCGGUCUCGCUCGCGCCGGCGCUGGCGUACCAGCCGAGCUCGGCUACGUGGAGCAGUGCCGGCGUCCGGUCGUCGCGGCGUGCAGCCGCGGCGUCGUGGGCAGAGUAA